AUGGCCAAUCUUUUGCUUCAAGAUCCAUUUUCAGUUCUCAAAGAAUAUCCAGAGCGGUUAACGCAGACGUUUGAUACUCCAUUGCAUACAUGUUGCGUUCAGUUUUCUCCUGGAGGCGAUUAUCUGGCAAUGGGAUGCUCCAAUGGGGCGGUUAUCAUCUAUGAUAUGGACACCGGAAAACCGAUAACUAUGCUAGGAAAUAAAGGUGGGGGACACGUAAGAUCCAUUCAGUCAAUACAGUGGUCGCAAAAUGGUCGUUAUAUCUUGACAGGUGCUCGUGACUGGUUUGUGAAGAUGUGGGAUUUGCAGAAAGCGUGGGAACCUGCAAAAGAAUUUAAGUUCCAUUCACCGAUCUGGACAUGCAAUUGGAGCCCUGGGAAGGAAUUGGGAUGUGUUGUUACAGUCUACGAGGAAGACCACGCCUUUGCAGUCGACUUUAGCUUAGAAAAUCCCACCGCUACCAAAAUUUGUGGCUCUACUGAACGCAUGAACAAAAGCGAGGCGGAAUCAGAGGAAAAUGUAAAGACUUUGGAUUAUGGGUAUACUCUGGUAGCAUGCGUGCACCCCAAGCGACCCGAUAUUCUGAUUACAGGAACCUCCAAGGGCUGGAUUAAGUUAUACCGUCUCUCUGAUGAUCUCGUCGAGCUAGUACACACUUAUAGAUUUGCACAUUCAAAUGCGAAGCACAUGAUUAUUUCUCAAUCGGGUGAUCGUUUGGCCAUCAAUUCAGCAGAUCGUACUAUAAGGCAAUAUUUGCUUACGAUGAACGAUGAUCUCACAGAAAUCAGCUUUAUUCUCGAAUAUCGCUAUCAAGAUGUAAUCAACAGGCUUCAAUGGAAUUGCAUUCAUUUCAGUAACAAUUCUGCUGAAUAUCUAGUGGCUUCAACCCACGGAUCUUCAGCGCAUGAUUUGUAUCUGUGGGAAACUAGCACUGGAACUUUAGUGAGAGUUUUAGAAGGCACUGACGAGGAAUUGCUGGAUAUAGACUGGGACUUUCACAGUAUGUGCAUUGCUAGUAAUGGAUUGGAAACUGGGAAUGUUUACAUUUGGUCGAUCACUAUACCUCCAAAAUGGAGUGCAUUGGCCCCUGACUUCGAAGAGGUUGAAGAAAACAUAGAAUAUCGAGAAAAAGAGGACGAAUUUGAUCAAAUAGGACAAUUGGCCCAUCAGCAAGAGCUAGAUCAGGCUGAGGAAGUGAAAAUAGACCUGCGCUCUAUGGAAAAAUUUGACGUCAGGGGAAACGAAAUUGAUGUGAAUCGCUUCAUUAUUCCCAUUGAGUUCGAAAGCAUACUCAUGCUGAAGUCUUGGCAUAACGAAAAUGAGUGA